CAGGGGCGCCACAGCAUCUCCCCGGGGGGACGCGCCGCUCCACUCCAAGCUCCGGCGACCGCGCCGCCGGGGCCGCCGUAUCAUCUCUCCUCCCAGCGGUGAGCAAAGCUGUGGUCCACCCAGUACAUUGUGUAUUGCAACUCACGAGAGGCGCAUUGCCCACAAUGGCUCUAACGCUUCUCCGAGGGAUCAGAACGUCAACCUUAUUUAGAGCAAAUUUCAGCCUGUUCUGUACCACUCAACGUCGUCCACUAGCUCACUUCACAACUAGAGCGGAGAGUGUGCAGACUACUGAGCCCAAAGCAGUGCCCAAGUCAAUUCAACAGGCUACUAAGGAGGCGGCGGAGCAGAAGACACAAGGUUUUGAAUCCGUUAUCGGCAUUGAGACCCAUGUCCAGCUCUCGACCAUCACAAAGGCAUUUUGCUCCUGCCCAAACAACUAUGGCUCGCAGCCUAACACCACUGUUUGCCCCACCUGCAUGGGCCACCCUGGAACAUUGCCACUUCUGAAUGCAAAGGUUGUUGAAUGUGCAGUGAAAAUAGGCAUUGCUCUCAACUGCAAGAUCGCCAUGACAUCCAAGUUUGAUCGGAAGCAAUACUUCUACCCGGACCUACCCAAGGGGUACCAGAUUUCCCAGUUUGACAUUCCAAUUGCCGAGAAGGGUUACCUUGAUGUGGAUAUUCCAGUUGAGUUUGGUGGUGGUCACAGGCGAUUUGGUGUCACGAGGGUUCAUAUGGAAGAAGAUGCUGGCAAGCUGCUUCACUCUGAAUCCGGAAAUUACUCUCAGGUUGACUUAAACAGAGCUGGUGUACCUUUGCUUGAGAUUGUCUCAGAGCCAGAUAUGAGGUCAGGGAUAGAAGCUGCCGAGUAUGGUGCUGAGAUGCAAAGGCUUGUUAGGUACCUGGGAGUGGGCAAUGGUAACAUGGAUGAGGGUUCCCUUCGCUGUGAUGUAAAUGUAUCUGUUCGGCCAAUUGGACAAUCAGAAUUUGGUACAAAGGUUGAAAUAAAGAAUAUGAACUCAUUUUCCGCAAUAAGUAGGGCGAUAGACUAUGAGAUCUCCCGACAGAUUAUUCUUCACAAAGAAAACAAGGCUGAUCAAAUUGUACAAGAAACCCGUCUUUGGGAUGAGUCCUCUCAGAGAACUUUUACAAUGCGAAAAAAGGAGGGACUUGCUGACUAUAGAUAUUUUCCUGAGCCUGAUCUUCCUGAAGUCGUUCUUACUAGUGAGUACAUUGAUGAAAUUCGUAAUUUGAUGCCUGAGCUUCCAGAGGCAAAGCGUAGGCGCUAUGAGAACAUGGGACUCAGCAUGCAAGAUGUUAUUUUCCUUGCUAAUGACGAUAAGGUUGCUCAUUUCUUUGAUUCUACACUUGAGCAUGGCGCUGAUGCAAAGCUAGCUGCCAACUGGAUAAUGGGUGAUAUUACUGCUUAUCUGAAGGAUGAAAAGCUUUCUAUUGAUGAAAGUAAAUUAACACCUCUGGAGCUUUCUGAAAUGAUUGCAUACAUAAAGAAUGGAACUAUCAGUGGGAAAAUUGCCAAGGAGAUUGUGGUUGACCUCAUUGCCAAAGGCGGGACUGUUAAGUCUGUGAUAGAGGAGAAGGAUUUGGUUCAGAUCGCAGAUCCAGCAGCAAUUGAGGCCAUGGUAGAUCAAGUACUCGCUGACAAUCCGAAGCAACUUGAGCAGUAUCGGGCUGGGAAAACCAAGUUGCAGGGGUAUUUUGCUGGUCAGGUGAUGAAAGCAUCAAAGGGUAAAGCAAGCCCUGUUUUGUUGAACAAAAUCCUGGGGGAGAAGCUGAAGGGCAGCUGUUGAGGCUUUUUUGGGCGCAUCAAGUGGUCCUUGAUGACUGGAGCAUCAAACGAAAGCAAAAUCCUGCAGCGAGAACUACAUUUUUAGGGUGAAAACAUCUCCGAUUCUGGUUUUUGUAGGCGUAGUCCUUGCUUUGAAUUUUGGGAUGGAUCUUGUUUCCGCCUCGUAUUUUGUAAGAGAAAACAACCCAGUUCACAUAGUACUGUGUUUGAGCUGAUAAUAAGAAUGGAGUGGUCUGGUGUACA